CUAAUCGCUAUCACAUCCGUCUCGGACGCUUAAUUUUCAUCUGCAUCGGCUUCGGUGCAAUAAUUACCAGCUAAACUGGACUCGGAACAGGUCAGAAUAGGACAGCAUAGUGAAGUUUCUUUUUUCCUCGGGAGGCUAAACGCAAUGGAGCCAGCCUUUGGGGAGGUGAACCAACUAGGCGGUGUUUUUGUCAACGGAAGACCCCUACCCAAUGCCAUCCGGCUCAGGAUAGUAGAGUUGGCCCAGUUGGGCAUCAGGCCUUGUGACAUCAGCAGGCAGCUCCGCGUCUCCCACGGCUGCGUGAGCAAGAUUCUGGCUCGGUACAACGAAACCGGCUCAAUACUUCCCGGUGCAAUCGGCGGCAGUAAACCGAGGGUCACGACCCCAAACGUAGUCAAGCACAUUAGGACUUACAAGCAACGGGACCCUGGUAUUUUCGCAUGGGAGAUUCGAGACAGACUGCUCGCGGACGGCGUAUGUGAUAAAUUUAAUUUGCCCUCUGUCAGCUCAAUUAGUAGGAUUCUCCGCAACAAGAUCGGGAAUCUGUCUCAACAGAACCAGUACGAGUCGAGCAAACAGGCCUCUCAUCCUCAACCUCAACCCACCAUACCCUACAACCACCUGUAUUCGUAUCCAACUCCAAUAGCAGCCGCUGGGACUAAAGUACCAACUCCGCCUGGCAUGCCCACUCUUCCUGGACAUAUGGCAAUGCAUAGGAUAUGGCCUUCCUCUCAUUCUGUUACAGAUAUUCUGGGCAUUCGAUCAAUAACGGAGCAGCAAAUUAGUGACAAUCCGUCCUUUCCCAGCGCCAAACUAGAAGAAUGGAGAGCUAUUAACAGGAGUAAUUUUUCACCAGCGAAUUCUCCACUAGUCAAUGGUGUGGAUAAGCCUCACUUAGAACCUGAAGCAAAAUACAACCAGACGCCGAAUGGAUUGCCCACAGUGAACAGUUAUGUCACAGCUCCCAGCAUCCAUCAUUACCACCCUCCCACCCAAGUGUCACCCUACAUGGGGUACAGCGGCACCACGUCGGCCUAUGUGACCGGCCCCACAUGGCAGCCGCCCAGUGGCAGUGCUCUCUCUCCCCACAGCUGUGACAUUAGCAGCCCGCUGGCAUUCAAGAGCAUGAGUGCCACACGAGACUCCGUCCAUUCGCUGGUGGCUUCAGCUCUAUGACUGUACUAUGAGAAUCAGUGUGGGGUAACAAGCAACAGUCUGGCUCGUUCUACAUGGACCAAUCACUUUACAAUAUUUAUAAAAGACUUGGUGGACGAGCCAUGGAUGCCCACAUUAUUUUGCUCCAUAUCAGAGUCUCAUGGAUAUGAAAAGGUGUUCAUUUCUGAUCUGAGCAGAGGAUUGAGCAGUAAAAACAUCGGUGCACUUGGUCUGGUAGUGGUGGGCUUUCCUCAUUAAACUGCAUCAUCACUUCACCUGAGUUCAGUUUUGGUGCUUCUCUCUGUGAAAACAUUGUUCUUGUAUUUUUCCAAGAAAACUAAUUGAAUAGGCAAAUCUCAUGUAAAACAACUGAGCAGUUUGCAUUGUUUUUGUUGUUGUUGAUGAUGUUCAGGGUGUUAAAAAUGCUGAUGUCUAAAUGUUCGGCCUUUUUUAAAAUUUUUUUUUAUAAAAAUCACACUUUUGUCUUUUUGGAUACCAGUUUCACUUCACUAUACUGUAUGCCAGAGCUCUUGGGGAAAAGAUGUUACAUUUAUUUAUUAGAUUGUAAGGUAUGUUGAAUGAAGUGCAAUUGACAUGGGGAGAAAAGGCAUUAUGUGGGACAUUGACGGACAUAUGAUAACAGGAGCAUUCAUUCAUUCAGGCAAAAUUAAUGAUCAGAGAAGCUGCACACCUCCAGACAUUGCACAAUGAAAUUGAAUGUAUCUUAUUAAAAGAGACAUGUGUAAAA